AUGACAUUUGACAGCGCCCUCCAACCCCCCACAUCUGUAUUCCGAUACAGACAGAUCCAAGUAAGAAAAUACAUUCUCUCCUCAAUUUUCGUAGGCGGAUGCAACUUCCGACACUCUUCCAGCUACCCCGAAGAAGGUUCCGCCUACCCCCAACAAUACCCCAGCAUCAACUCCUGCUACCUCAGCCACCAACUCCCCAGCAACUAUCGUCAGCGAUAG